GUGGGCAGCGGUCCGUGGAGGCCCCACCCUCCUCUUGCUGCGCUGACCUGCCGACACUUCGUUCCGACACUCCGGCCGGCACAACCGCGCGAAUCCCGCACUUUUCAAAUUUCGAAUUCCGAACCCACGCGGAACGCAACAAUAUUGCGUUCUCGUUGUGUGUGAUAAACUGUGCUUUGUACUUAUUUUUAUUUCAAUUAAAAAAGUGAAACGUAUUGUCAAAAUUGUGAUUUAUCAGUGGUUUUUAUUAAUUUUAAGUGGAAAAAUAAAGUUUGAGCUUUGGCGCUACGAGAUACCUCGAGAAGAUCGGCAUCGCAGCUCGUGGCGCGCGGCGGCCCGGCAUGCGGCCGCGGCGGUAGCGGCAGCAUGGCCGCCGUCCCCCUCGCUGCCGCGGUGCUGCUCGCGCUGAUGCCGCCUCUCCGCGCGCAAGCGAUCCAGGACAGCCGGUGCUACCUGAUGAAUGGCGGCGCGGUGGAGAGCUUCUUCAUCAGCGAGGACACGCCGGUGGGCAGCGUCAUCGGAACCCUAAGCGUGAAUGGCGAUCCCAGCGAGGCGGGCGACAUAUCGCUGCGGCUGCAGGAGCAGGGCGCGGCGGUGGGCGUGGCGGCGGGCUCCAAGAACCUCACGCUGCUGCGGCCGCUCGACCGCGAGGAGCUGCGCGGGCCCUCCAACGUGUACGUCAACGUGCGCUGCGACCGCCGCCGGACCACCGACCCCAGCUUCGUGAUCCCGGUGUCGGUGCGCGUGUGGGACGUGAACGACAACGCGCCGGCGUGGGCGGGCGCGCCCUUCCGCGCGCGCCUGUCCGAGCUGACGGCCGUAGGCGCGCGCGUGCUCCGCGUCAAGGCCGCCGACGCCGACCAGCCCGGCCCGCACGCCACCAUCGUGUAUUCCGUGCUGCCGGGGCCCAAUUCCGAAUACUUAGGUUUCCUCAAUGAACUUGACGGCGUUAUAGUAGUUAAAAAACCUCUUGACUUUGAAACUCUUCGGAACUUCACGGUGACCAUUCGAGCUCAAGACCAGGGGACCCCGCCCCUUCAUAAUGAUACCACGCUUACAGUGGAAGUGUUAGACGCCGAUGACCAGAACCCCAAGUUCACAAGCGAGCACUACACCGCCAUAAUACCUGACGACGCUCAACCGGGCACCAUUCUAGAAACUUCCCCCGGGCCGAUCUCAGCAGUAGACCAAGACGUGGGCAUUAACGCACCUCUCCAAUAUUCCACGACGGGCGACUACAAGCACAUGAUAGUCGUGGAGCGAGACACAGGACGAAUCGUGGUCACUGAAGAUUUGCUAAAGCAGCUGUCUCCAGUUACUGUUGUUGUGAAGGCAACCCAAGUAGACAACGCAGACCGCUACGCCCUGGCGACACUUGCCAUCAGCCGCCUCCCAACCGAGGCCAGCGUGCUACCGGUGCGGUUCGCGCGGCGCCAGUACGACGCCGCCGUGCCGGAGGACGCGCCGCCGGGGACUGUACUGGCUACAUUACACACUGACCCGCCGCAUCACAGGCAUCAGAGCCCGCUGCAGUUCUACGUGUCGGACCGCGGCUUCCUGGAGAAGUUCGCGAUCAACGGCGCGGGCGAGGUGCUGCUGCGCCGCGCGCUGGACUACGAGGCCGCCGACGCCUACCACUACCAGGUCAUGGUCACCGACGGGCUCUCGAACGACACAGCGGCGAUCAACAUCACGGUCCUGAACGUGAACGAGUGGGAGCCGCGCUUCCGUUACCCGCAGUAUGAGUUCCGCGUGGAGGCCGACCCUGACGACACAGGAGACGCGCUGCUGCCCGUCGGCCGCCUCGACGUGUUCGACGGCGACAAGCCCGACACCGUCUCGCUGUCGCUCCGGGGGCCCGACGCCAGCAUGCUGCGGGUGAACGAGCUGGGCGAGGUGUUCGUGGCGCGCGCGGCGCUGCGGGCGCUGAACGCGUCCGCGCUGCACGUCGUGGCCACCGCCGUCGACUCCGGCUCGCCGCCGCGCCAGACGUCGGUGCCGGUGGUGGUGCACGUGGGCGGGCGCGCGGUGGCGGGCGCGCGCGGCGGCUCGCUGCUGGCGCUGUUCGCCGCCGCGCUGGCGCUGCUCGCGCUGGCCGGCGCUGGUCACGUGGGCGGGCGCGCGGUGGCGGGCGCGCGCGGCGGCUCGCUGCUGGCGCUGUUCGCCGCCGCGCUGGCGCUGCUCGCGCUGCUCGUCUGCGCCCUGCUGGCCUACAUCUACCGCACGGCCGGCGCUGGUCACGUGGGCGGGCGCGCGGUGGCGGGCGCGCGCGGCGGCUCGCUGCUGGCGCUGUUCGCCGCCGCGCUGGCGCUGCUCGCGCUGCUCGUCUGCGCCCUGCUGGCCUACAUCUACCGCACGUGA